GCCCCGCCGCCGUCGCAAUCGAGUUUUGCGGAGCGAACGUUCGGCGGGCUCACAAAGGAACGCUCGUUUCUGAUUGGUCAGUUUGUCUCCACAAUCUUAGGACUCCAAUUUAAAGGGGAAGUAGCAGCUCCUUGGUGUAAUCCUGAAUCCAAAGGUAGAGCCAUGGGCGAUGAAAUAAACCCGCAGCAGGAAGGGCACCCACUCUUUGGAGGAGCAUUUUCUGUCUGCCUUCCUCCAGGCAGCAUUGAUGUCAGUGAGAUGCGCCAGGUACCUGAUAACCAAGAAGUCUUUGUUCAUCCAAGUACAGACCAAAGCCUCAUUAUAGAAUUACUAGAAUAUCAGGCAGGUGUGCCAGAUGAAAACGCUACCAGGUACCACUUUGAGGACUUGGCGGAUGCUUCUUCCACCGCUGAGAUCUUGAACCAAGAACAGUUUCUGCCUCAACUCUUAGCCCUAGAAGGCUGCAGCAGCGCAUGGCAGCUCACCGCCCGCCAGCUGGUAGCAAAAUUCAAUGAGGAGGCCAAAAAUGAAGUAACCCUGCAUCUGGCAUUGCUGCGCCUCCCUCAAUAUGGAACAGACCUGCUUCUCACCUUCAACGAUCCCACACGGAUUCACCCCCUCAGCAGCAGCGCAGCCCAAGGAACGGAGGUGCCUCCUCCUUUUUCUCAAGCGCCAUGGACAGUGGAGCAUUUCCACACCUUCGCACGCAGCCUGCGGCUACACGACCCUGGCAUCUUUGGCUAGACACCUCUGUGCCGCCCUGAACUCUGGGCGAUCAAACAUCAGCCCAUCUCUAUUGUUGGAUUAAGACUCUCUUAAGGUGUCCUCAGCCAGGCGUAAGAUCUGAUGCUUCCACCUGCUGCUUUUUUUCCUCUCUGUCCCACUUUCCUACCCAGAGAGAAAUGGACACGGAAUACCAAAGUGUUUUUUGCAUUGUUAUCUCUAGGAAUCUCUAGACAAACUUUGGCCUUUCUCCACGUGUUUUGGACUUCAACUCCCACAAUUCCUAACAGCCUCAGGCCCCUUCCUUUUCCCCCUCAGCCGCUUAAGGGCCUGAGGCUGUUAGGAAUUGGCUGUCUGCAAGGACGUUGCCCAGGGGAUGCUCAGAUGUUUUACCACCCUGUGGGAGGCUUCUCUCAUGUCACCACAUGGGAAGCUGGAGCUGACAGACGGGAGCUCACCCCGCACCACCAACCUGCUGGCACAAGGGUUUAACCCAUUGCGCCUCUGGGAAAUCCAUUGUAUUCUUCAAAUGCCUGCCUCUCAUUUCCAGCACACUUUAUUUGCCCCCAACUUGCAUUUUCAUUAAUUUUGCAAGAAAAAGAAGAAACGGGAAACAAAACAAAAAUGAGAAAUUGAACUGGUUUUUAAAAAGCAGCAGCAAGUAUCUUUAAUUACAAUCAACCUGCCAAGCUUUGUAAUCCUUGGUGACCAGAGAGAAGAGGUAAUUUUAAGAUAAGAGAAGCAAGCAUUUUAAAACAUGUCCUUAUUACUAUCAAGAAAACCCCUAUUGUUUUCUACUGGAUCCCCCUUCUGUAUGACACUUGUUUUUUAAAAGUUGCCAGAAAAACUGAGGCUUCCUUUUAAUUGGCAGAUUUCUUGGAUGUUAAAUAUGGCUGGAGGGCAGAGUCGCAGGUUACGCCGAGAACCUGUGUCAUCCUUUGGAAAUAAAAUAUCAAAAAAAUAAA